AUGUGGACGUCACUCACCCCCCACGUGGUGUGUGCACAGGGCCGUCUGACCGCGACGCUCCUGACCUCCAUCCUGGCGGCGGUGCUGGGCUCCCUGCAGAUCGGAUACCACACGGGCAACAUCAACGCUCCAGCCAAGAUCAUUGAAGAGUUCUUCAAUCACACCUGGAGAGCCAGACACAACCAGACGAUUUCCGACCACAGCCUGACUCUGCUCUGGUCCCUCUCAGUCAGCAUUAAGGACUUCGGAGCCUUGCUUGGUUCCCUGGGAGUCAAAUUUCUGGCAGAUUCCUAUGGAAGGCGUAACUCCAUCCUAAUAGUGAACGCUCUGUCCGUGGUGGGAACGUGUCUGAUGUGCGCAUCCAAAGCCAGCGAGUCGUUUGAAGUCCUCAUCCUUGGACGCCUGGUGUUCGGCCUGUUCUGCGGCCUCGUGAUGAGUCUCAAUCCCCUGUACAUCCAGGAAGUGUCCCCCACCAACCUCAGGGGGGCCUUCGCUACUCUCAACCAAGUGUCCUUUGCCUUGGGAAUCCUCGUGGGAAUGGUGGCUGGUCUGGAGACAGUGCUGGGUACAGAGCACCACUGGGCCAUGAUGCUGUCCUUGUCUCUUGUACCCGCGCUGGCACAGUACCUGGUGCUUCCUUUCUGCCCCGAGAGCCCUCGAUACCUGCUCUUCAACCGCGGAGAGGAGAGCAAGGCCGAGGCUGCUCUGCUGAGGCUGAGAGGCAGCGCAGAGAAGGUGUCUGUUGAGCUGGAGGAGAUGAAGGAAGAGGCCGCUCACACUCAAACAGGUGUCACCAUCCACGAGUUCUUCAAGAAGCGCAGAUACAAGCAGCCAAUCAUCAUCGUCCUCUUCGUCAACUUGGGCAGCCAACUGUCCGGAUUCAACGCGAUCAUCAAUUACUCCACCAGAAUGUUCCAGGCCAACUUUGACCAGGCUAAAUACCUGACUCUGGGCGUAGGGGCAGUCAAUGUGACCUUCACCUUGGUGGCAUUCUUCCUGAUGGAAAGGGCCGGGAGGAGGAGGCUGCUGCUGACUGGUUUCAUCUCCAUUGCUGUGUGCAACUUACUCAUGACCAUAGUUGAUUCUGUCCUGUACCUGGCCCCACAGCUGCGGAGCCUGCUGGUCCUACUGGUUUUCUGCCUGAUUUCCGCCUACGAGCUGGGCCCUGGUCCUAUCUCCUGGUUCAUCGCUGCCGAGCUGUUCGACCAGCCCGCCCGACCCAUCGCCAUGGCCUUCACCAGCAUGCUCAACUGGGGCGGGAAGUUUGUUCUGGCACUUCUCUUUCCUCCAUUACUGAAAAUCUGUGGGGAGUUCGUCUACCUGCUCUUCAUGACCAUGGCUCUGGUCGCCUUCGUCUUCACGUGGUUUCGCCUCCCGGAGACAAAAGGACGCACGUUUGACGACAUCGCAGAGGAGUUCAGAGGAGCGGAGGAAAUUCCUUUGCACAACAAGAUUGGAUUCAACACUUUCAACUGACGGACCUGUUUUAAAUCUGGUCAUAGUCACUCUGUUAAAGGGUCAGCUCACCCAA